UUUUUAUGUAGGCCUGUGUAUUUACGAUUUUAUAAUUGAAGCGGUCACAUAGCGUAAUCAGAAUGUAGGCAGCGCUACUUCGGAAGCUUUUAUAGGGCAGUUCCCAACACAUUGAUAGAUCUGGUGCACUUCCAGACCAGGCCGGAUUUGUUGCACUCACUCUAGCUGACGGUAGCCUUUUUAGUUAACUAAUAAAAAAUGCACUGCCAAGGUAGUUCUGAUACAUGGAAUAUCUAUACUCUCUUUUGUUUUACAAAUUGUGUUGCCUGUCUAUUUCCCAUAUCACGUUUCACGGCGUAUUAGGAUUGCAUGUUGAUUUGUUUACAUUUGGGUUUAGCAUCAUUUUGAAUAUAUUAUUUAACGUUACUUCGCCUGGUAGUUUACGCUGGCCUCCGAUGCAUUUUUAAUUCUCAUCCUGUGAUUGAAAUAUCUAAUACUUGACACUCUUGUGAACGCAAACAAAAUGUGCUGUAUCGUUUGCUCACUGAGAAAUAAAUUCCGUUUCCAAGGAAACCAGAGGCUGGCUAGCGAAAUCAACAACCACCAUUUUCCAGGCGGGAGGUCCCAAUUGAUGGAUUCUGACAUGGACUAUGAGAGGCCAAACGUCGAGACUAUCAAGUGCGUGGUGGUGGGGGACAACGCCGUGGGGAAGACCCGGCUCAUCUGCGCACGGGCCUGCAACGCCACCCUCACGCAGUACCAGCUGCUCGCCACGCACGUGCCCACCGUCUGGGCCAUCGACCAGUACCGCGUCUGUCAGGAGGUUUUGGAGCGGUCCAGGGACGUGGUGGACGAUGUCAGCGUGUCCCUACGCCUCUGGGACACAUUCGGGGAUCAUCACAAGGACCGGCGCUUCGCUUACGGCAGGUCGGAUGUCGUGGUGCUGUGCUUCUCCAUCGCCAACCCCAACUCUCUGCACCACGUGAAGACCAUGUGGUACCCCGAGAUCAAGCACUUCUGCCCCCGGGCCCCUGUCAUUCUGGUUGGCUGCCAGCUGGACCUGCGCUACGCCGAUCUAGAGGCCGUCAACAGGGCGCGGCGCCCCCUAGCCAGACCAAUUAAGCCCAAUGAGAUCCUGGCGCCAGAGAAGGGCCGCGAGGUGGCCAAGGAGCUGGGCGUGCCGUACUACGAGACCAGCGUUGUGGCGCAGUUCGGCGUGAAGGACGUCUUCGACAACGCCAUCCGCGCCGCCCUCAUCUCGCGGCGCCACCUGCAGUUCUGGAAGUCCCACCUCCGCAACGUGCAGCGGCCGCUCCUGCAGGCGCCCUUCCUCCCGCCCAAGCCCCCGCCCCCCAUAAUCACCGUGCCCCCGCCCCCCUCCUCCACCGAGGAGCACCCGGGCCGCCUGCUGGAGGACCCGCUGUGCGCCGACGUCGUCCUGGUCCUGCAGGAGCACCAGCGCAUCUUCGCCCACAAGAUCUACCUGGCCACCGCCUCCUCCAAGUUCUACGACCUGUUCCUCAUGGACCUCAGCUCCGAGGAGAACGAGGAGGCGCGGCCCCACCGGGCCCCGCCCCUCAGCGGGCGGGACCUGCUGAUGCGGGCGGCCAGCUUCGACGUGUGCGAGAGCAGCGAGGAGGGCAGCCGGGCCGGCCUGCGGGCCUGCACCAGCGACGGCACCCUGAGGGGGGGCGACGGGCGGCGGGGGAGGCUGCUGUCCACCUGGAGCCGGGCCUUCGUCAGCAUCCAGGAGGAGCUGGUGGACGACCCGGUCACCUACAACCCCCGGCCGAUGACCGUGGUGCGCAUGGACCCCUCGGUGCAGCUGGGCCCCUUCCGGGCCGUGCUGCGCUACCUGUACACGGGCCAGCUGGACGAGCACGAGAAGGAGCUGAUGCACAUCGCGCACAUCGCCGAGCUGCUGGAGGUCUUCGACCUGCGCAUGAUGGUGGCCAACAUCCUCAACAACGAGGCCUUCAUGAAUCAGGAGAUCACCAAAGCCUUCCACGUGCGCCGCACCAACAGGGUCAAGGAGUGCCUGGCCAAGGGCACCUUCUCAGACGUGGUCUUCAAAUUGGAUGACGGCACCAUCCUGGCCCAUAAGCCUCUGCUCAUCUCCAGCUGUGACUGGAUGGCGGCCAUGUUCGGGGGGCCCUUUGUGGAGAGCUGCACUAAGGAGGUUCUGUUCCCCAACACAACGCGCAGCUGCAUGCGGGCAGUGCUGGAGUACCUGUACACCGGACGCUUCUGCUCACGGCCCGACUUGGACGCCAUGGAGCUUAUCGUCCUGGCCAACCGCCUAUGUCUGCCUCACCUGGUGGCCCUUACAGAACUCUACACGGUCACAGUUCUAAUGGAGGCUGCCAUGAUGGGGGCUGAUAUCGACGGGGAUGUGCUGGUGUACCUCGAGAUGGCUCAGUUCCACUGUGCUCAUCAGCUCACUAACUGGUGCCUUCAUCACAUCUGCACCAACUACAACAGUGUUUGUCGCAAAUUCCCCAGAGACAUGAAGGCCAAGUCCGCAGAGAACCAGGACUACUUUGAGAAGCACCGCUGGCCUCCGGUGUGGUACCUGAAGGAGGACGAUCACUACCAGAGAGCGCGUAAGGAGCGGGAGAAGGAGGACUACCUGUACCAGAAACGUCAGUGCAAGCGCAAGUGGCUCUUCUGGAACCUCCCCUCCUCCUCCUCUUCCUCCUCUGGUUCUUCUGCUGUAGUUUGAACAGUUUUAUGAGGAGGCGCUGUGCACAAAUCAAGAAUCCAGAGGGAUGGGUGUGGUUUGUGAUGUUUCAGCAAGGCUGGUGCAGGCAAGCUCAUUCAGGCCCACCCUCUCCAUAGCUGUAUUGCCACGGGGCUGUGCUUUCCCAGGUCCAGGAGAUCUCUCAUGCUGUGAAGGUAUAGUCAUGCAAGGCUCUCUUUAGUUGUUUUGUUUUGUUAUUUUUGCUGCUGAGAGGUUUAUGGCCUCACUCCUGCACAGAGCUUUGACAGAGCUCAGAGGUGUUCGGAGAUGUUCAAACUUUGCCUACAUCUUCUGACUCUGGGAGCCUGAUGUCUUGUUUGGAGGAAGUGCAGCCAAUAACUGAUGCUGACAGUACAUUGCUGCUAUUUCUACAUUCACCACCAGAUGGAGUGAAACGUGAAUACGCUCAAGAAAGUUUGCAUGGUGGCCUCUGGACUUUUAUGUACUUGAAAAUGAUAACCAAAUGCUUAUCAGCUGCAGCAGAACAUAGCAAUGGCAAACAACCAGCAAAAAUAACAUCAAAACAAGUCUCAGCGGUUCAACCUUUCAUUCAGAAAACACUUAACUCCCAUGCCAAUAUUGUCACUCUCUAAGCUAUUGUUCAACCAGUGGACCUCAAGGAAACGCACAUACUGUAUUAUUCAAACAAAAUGGAUGUACUUGGUCCAACGCUGCAGCUUGAAGUCCAGGAAAUUAGGUCAAACAUACUUUGAGCGGUACAGUGACGUCAAGAACACUCUUCACACCUUUGGUCAACAGUUUAGAGUUGUGAAUUGACCUUGAAGGAAGAAGCAGAAGCUUUGAAUUCUUGGUUGUAAUGUUCCUAUACAUGUGGGUGUUUUGUGUUAAGUGGUGGCUCUGAUGUGGAAGUGAUAGUGUGUGUGCCCCAUUUGCUGUCUGUACAGUAUCUUAGUCUGUGUCCCCUUGCCAGAAAAAGGGCUUCUAUCAGUAAUGUGGCAAGUCACACAUGCUCUACGGAAGACUUUUUGAAGCCAGUUAAUGGUCUGGAGUCAAGGGAACCUUUGUCACAUGUCAGCCUUUUACUCUUGUAAUUUCACUGAAAACUAACAUGUUUCUGUUUUGAAACUAUUGAAUGUUUCUUUAAAUAUGUUUUGCACUAUGAGAUCAGGUUUCUUUUUUUCUUUUUUAAGCUGCAAAUUGUACGUUCUCAAGGCUUGUGUAAUUCCACUCUUCUCUAUUUUGGACUGCAGAGCUUUCAUUGGAAAAGACCACUCUCAACAAUAACAUAUUUUGUACUCACAAACUGUAGAAAUAUUUGAAAAAUAAUUAAUGAGGUAACACUAUGACUCCAGGACAGUGUUUUUCAAAGCAGUGGCAAAAUAGGGUGGUCUGAUUGGUCAUUCUGAGAAGGUUAUUUUAAGUGGACCUGUGCUUUGCAAAGACAAGAGCUAACCAAAGGUUUGUUCUGUUGACUGCUGUACUUUUAAAAAAAAAAGCAAAGUACACGGGUUUCUUUGGCAUUUUGUUGAAGGCGCUGAUGAUGCUUACGGGGAGGGCUGCCUCGUGCCUGAGCCUGUUAAUCUCCCUCUGCCUCCUCAGCUGCCUCGAAUGCACCACUUUGAGGACCCCUCUCAGAAAGUCCUUUCUUUGAUGGUGAGAGCCUGAAUCAGGAACACCACAGAUAGCACUGAAGCCUCAGCAGUGACUAGUGGCUAGAGAAUGCUGCACACAGCCCCCUCUUAGCACCAACCAUGUGGAGACAGAUGGACACAGGAUCAUUCCAGGCAGUCCGGAAUGAGUUCAUCCACGAGAAUCACAAACUUCUCCAGUAUCUUGUUGUAGUCAACCGCGGUCAACUCUGUAAACUUUUAAGAAGCUCAAUAAAGUGUUCUUUUACGUC